AUGCAUAAACCCAAUAUAAAUGUGCCUAACAAAUUAAAACCCGUACAGUUACAAUGCGGGGCUCCCAACAGAGAAGCACGUCUUGUGGGCGGUGAAUAUUUAACAGGCCAUGAAUUUCCUUGGACUGCUUCUAUACAGGUAAACGUCGAUGGUAAUGCUUCUUCCCUACCAGCUACACUCAUUACUCCCAAAUAUUUGCUCACUUCUGCCAACAACGUUAUUGGAAAAACACCCCUGCAAGUAAAAAUAAUAGUCGGACAAAUAGACAGAUGCUUUCCUGAUAUAACUUCAUCAACUAUGAGCGUCGAUAGAAUUGUUAUUCAUCCGGAUUAUAAUCCAGCCUCAAAGGCUCAUGAUAUCGCCCUUCUAAGGUUAAGCACACCUGUCGUAAUAGAUAGAAGAGUUUCACCAAUCUGCUUACCAUCAACGAAUUACGAAUAUACAAGUCAAGUAGGAAUUGUAUAUGGAUGGUCAGUCGCUGACAACUCAUCUUGUAGAGCAAGAAAAUUAGCCCUGCCUAUUUUGAAAGAGCAGGAUUGUGUAAAAGGAGUUCGUGAGGCUCAAUACAUCACGAACGAUAAAGGAUGCUUGGGAGUAAUUGGAUCUAUCAAUCCUAUAUGUGAAAAUGAUUCUGGAACGGCGGUAAUGCAUAAAUCGAAGACAGGAAUUUACGAUUUAGUAGGUAUUCUUGGAGACAAAAACGAUUGCGAAGGUAUUGGUGUUGCUCUAUAUGCAGACGUAAAAGCUAACUUACAUUGGAUAUUAGAAAAUACGAAGGAUUAUUGUAAUUGCAGAAAACUUAAUUUGCCUGUAUCUAUAACGUCGUUACGAUUAUUUUAA